AUGCCUCCGAAGGCAAAACCCACCAAUGAUGAGCUUCUGGCUCAGUUCGACCUCGACAACCUCGGUGUUGAUCAGCCUCAAUCCUCCAAGCCUGCAGCCACCGAUAAUGCAAAGUCACAGGAAGACGUCCUUGCUGAACUCGCCCUUUCUGUCCAGCGACCGAGCAGUGGUCCAGGCACCCCUCGUCUCUCUACCGAUAAGCCCCGUUCAUCGACACGGUCGCCUCGCCCCAGUGCGACCAUCGAGCGGGAAGAGAGGCCCCGCCAGUCAGAGGAUGGUCGUUCGUCCCGCACUGGAAUAAAGCAGGAGCCGAAGGAGGAGACCCCUGCUCAACCGCAACAUGAGGAACAGCAGCAGGAACAAAGUGGUGGAUGGUGGGGAGGAAUUUUCGCAACUGCUAGUGCGGCAAUGAAGCAGGCUGAAGCUGCCGUGAAGGAAAUUCAAAACAACGAGGAGGCACAGCGCUGGGCCCAGCAAGUGAAAGGCAAUGUUGGAGCCCUCCGUGAUUUCGGCGGCGAGAUUCGCAACAUGGCCAUCCCCACCUUCACAAACCUCAUCCACACCCUUGCCCCUCCUAUCUCAUCGCACGAACGUCUUCAGAUCCAUGUGACUCACGACUUCUCCGGAUACCCGGGCGUCGACCCCCUCGUUUACGCCGUGUUUUCACGAGUGAUGGCCCAAGUCGAAGGUGGCGACCUCCUUGUCAUUCAGCGAGGUCAAGAGUCUGCUCCGAAGCGCAGUCUCGAUGUCGGUGGCUAUAUCUCCAGUGCUGGUUGGAACGACGGGCCCUGGUGGCGUACCGUGACACCUGGCAAUCCACGCACCAUCAACGCCGUUCCCGGCACUGUCGAGGCGUCCAAGCUGGCACGCGCUAGCGCCGAGGGCUAUGCAACGGAGUACUUUUCCACCCGGGGCGGGAUUGAGGGAGCUGCUAAACAGGCCAGUGAAAUUCUGAGCGAGUCGAACCCUGUCCGCAGUAGUGAUAUCUUCCUCGCUAUUCAGGCUAUUCGUCAGACUGUGUCGGCGGAUUUGUUCCAGGCUGGUGCUUCGGGUGAGGAGACCGCUUCUGGUGCUGUGGAAGUCCCGGAGGCGGAUGAGGAGAUCUCUUUCGCGCUAUACCUCCAUGACCCCGUGCAUGGUAUUGCAUUCCACACCAUUUCUCAAUCCAUGCCUGCUAAGUGGAUUGAGUGGCUUGAUGCGCCUGCGCCUGACACCCUGGAGGGUGAGGCCGCGCAGGUGGCGCACGCCGAGGUGCCCGAAGCUAUUGCGGAAAUUAUUGAGAGCGGCGGUGUCGACCCUCGUGAGUGGGUCGCGGAGUGGAUUGAGGAGACUAUUUCGCUGGCGGUGGGGGUCGUCGCACAGCGCUACGUGGCUCGCCGUAUGGGCGUUGGUGAGGGUGGUGUUGGAAAGGGCAAGAUGCGCGCAGAACAGGCAUCUACAGUUGAGAGCGGCGCUGGUGAAGCUGCUCGCGCACUCUAG